CGGACUUUCAAGCGUAACUAAAUAUGAUGAUUAAGUUAUUGAUUGUGGUGUGCGCCGUCGCUGCGGCCAAUGCAGGAGGGUUGCUUUCCCCUGUAGGGGUAUACGGUGGUCACUACGGAGCCAUCAAUGCGUGGAAUCCUUACAGCUCAUACCCCGCCCAGCCGGCAAUUGCGUCACAACAUUCUAAUAUAUACAGGUCACCCUUAAACCUGGGCCAGGUAUCAACGUUCUCGAAAGCAGUUGACACUCCAUUCUCAAGUGUUCGCAAGUCAGAUGUAAGAAUAAGCAAUCCUGGAGUAGCAAUUGCGCCGGCUUACCAGGGCAUCGCGGCACCUCUCGUGACACACUACGGCGUCGCAGCACCUUUGGCUGCUCCUGUAGCUAAAGUAGCUGGGGGACUUCUGGGUGUAGCUUACUCCGCGGCUCCAGCAGUUUCCCACAUGAGUUACACAAAUGGCCUUGGCCUUGCCUACUCCUGGUAAAAAGUACAUUAAAUACUAUGUAAAUUUAAUGGAUAUUGUAAU